AUGUUGGGCAAAGUGGCUUGCGAAGUUGAAGUUUAUAGUUUAAUCACUGAUUCAUGGAGAACAAUCCAGGCAGGUGUUCCUUGUAUCGCUGAUUAUGCUCAUCAUCGGCCUGUAACGUGCGAUGGAGCAAUAAAUUGGCUGGCAAGCAGAAGGGAUGAUGAGGUUUGGGACGCAAUCAUGGCAUUUCAUGUCAGUAAUGAGGUGUUCUCAGCAAUAGUUCUGCCUGCUGAACGUUCACCUUUGUCGGAUGGGGUUCUGUUGGUAUUCGAGGAGUUACUUGCGCUGUUCUGUUCGUGGAAUCUCCCUCCUAAUGGAAGAGAACAAGAAGAGAUGAAAUGCUAUUAUGAGAUAUGGGUGAUGGAGGAGUAUAAUGUUACCAAGUCAUGGACUAAACAGUUUAUUGUUGAGACAAAGAAGGUAUUGGGGUUUACACAGGAUGGCAAACUUAUUCUUCUUCAGAUGGAUAACUGA